UGGUUUCUCAAAGAAAUGAGAAUAAAGUUGUCUCAUCCUCUUUCCAUCUCUCCUAAAAUAGCUUUUGAGCCUGUUGGACAACUUCUAACAAAUCCGACAGCUGGGCACGAGUCUCAGAUUCAACAAGCUCCUGCACAUGUAAUUAAAUCUCACACCUUAGGAGAAACAGGAAAAUCCCAUCAUGAGACAGAGCCAGAGGAAACCAGGCUUUUGUGGUUCCAUAAAAAACUCCUCCUGAGGUAAUAUUUGCUUUCCUGGGUACUUUAGGGCAAGUUUGCCAUGGAUCUCCUUCUGAUGGCCCAUGCAAAGAGCACUGGGCUGUUAUGACCCCAGUGGAUGCAGAGCUGGAUCCCAGUGCCAACGACGGUGCCACCUCGUCCCCCUCAUGUUCCCCACCAUGGCUGAGAAGAGGGACACGUCUCCUUCCCUCCCAGGGCACUGAGUGCAAGGCCACAGGGAAGGGCUGGUUUUGGGGAACACCACUCGUGCCCUCCAGCCCUGGCUGCCGCUCUUCCAAGUGAGACUUUCCGCACACUGUUGCUUUUCUCUGCAUCAUCUGGUGAUUAAUUUAACACCUUAAAAUUAGCACCGGCACUUCAGUGAGGGUUUGGGGUUUUUUUUAAUUAGAUGAGGCUUUUUUCAUUCUUUCCUGCAGCCCCUCAGAACACAUAAAUGCAAACCGUGUUUCUGCGAUGCUGGGGCAGGUUCACCUGCGUCAGCUGAAGAACGUGUUUCUUCUCCCAGCGCAAUGUGCCACCUCCCUCUUUCCUCCUCCAGCGCAUCCCAGUCAACUGACAUCCUCCAGCUCAGCCUACGUGUGCGCGCACACGCGCUUAUUAACUUCUACAUCUUAAUUGAAAGGGCGGCGUGCGUUUAAGCCCUAAUGAUGACAUCCUUUCUUCAGGAACGGUCUUUAAUCUUGAAGCAAAGCGGUGAACCAAGGCAGCAGAGCAGGGUUGCCAGGCGAGGCUCCUGGCACACCCUGGGGCCCGAGAGCCCGAGCACCCUCCGGGUUGGAGCCCCUGAUGAGGAUAAUGGACCUGGCACACGCGACAUCACUUUCUACGAAGGCAAAUGCUUCACGGGCAGGAAGCUGGAUGUCUGCGGCAGCUGCAACAGCUUCCAGGAGCAAGGUUUCCUCAACCGGGUCAACUCCAUCUGCGUCCAGAGCGGAGCUUGGGUCUGCUUCGACCACCCCGACUUCCGAGGGCAGCAGUACAUCCUGGAGCAUGGAGAGUAUCCCGAUUUCUAUCGCUGGAAUGGACGCAGCGACCACCUGGGCUCCUGCCGGCCCGUCGGGAUGCACGGCGAGCAUUACAGGAUUGAGAUAUUCGAGGGGAGCCACUUUAGGGGUCCCAGCCUGGAGCUGACAGAAGAUUGCUCCUUCCUGCAGGGACAAGGCUGGGACAAGACCUGCAUCAAUGCCCUCAAAGUGUACGGCGACGGCGCGUGGGUGCUGUACGAGGAGCCCAACUACCGAGGCCGCAUGUACGUGGUGGAGCGCGGCGAGUUCAGCAACUUCAACGCGUGGCAGGCGCGCAGUGCCAGCGUCCAGUCCAUCAGAAGGGUCGUCAACUACUUCUAGCUGAGCUUCCACCCCACCAGCAUCGCCCUCCUCCCCUCUCACUGGCCUGUGGAAUAAAUUGUUAAACACCA